CCAUUGGAUGUUGUACCCAUGAAGUGAUGACGUAUGCACAGCCGGGUGUGAAAGUAAGACGUGACCAGUGUGUGACUGUCUCACCGGCUCUCUGCACGAGUUAGGGAAGGGAACAGCCGUUCACUGGACUGUCAAACCGCGAAUUCUCAUCGGACAAGCAUGUCUCGCAUCGUCGAGUGCGUUCCCAAUUUCUCGGAGGGAAGACACAAGGAGGUUAUCGAGGCUAUAGCCAAUGCCAUAGCCUCCACGGAUGGCGUCAGCCUGCUGGACGUUGACCCCGGCCCCUCCACCAACCGUACGGUGUACACGUUUGUGGGGUCGCCAGAGAGCGUGGUGGAGGGCGCCAUGAACGGGGCCAGGGCAGCAUCACAGCUCAUUGACAUGACAAGGCACCAUGGUGAGCACCCUCGGAUGGGAGCUCUGGAUGUCUGUCCCUUCAUCCCAGUCAGAGGAGUGACGGAGGAGGACUGUAUACAGUGUGCUAAUGAGUUUGGGAAACAGCUGGCAGAGGAGCUGGGGGUGCCAGUUUACCUGUACGGGAAGGCAGCCAAGGAGGAGAAGAGAGUCAAACUGCCCAGUAUCCGGGCCGGGGAGUACGAGGGGCUGGAGGAAAAGUUGAAGAACCCGGCAUGGCAGCCAGACUUCGGCCCGGCAGACUUCAUCCCCAGCUGGGGCGCCACGGCGACAGGCUGUCGUAAGUUCCUCAUCGCCUGGAACGUGAACCUGCUCGCCACCAAGGAGCAGGCGCAUCGCAUCGCACUCAACCUGAGGGAACAGGGAAGGGGACCUAACGAGCCAGGCAGGUUGAAGUGUGUGCAGGGGAUCGGCUGGUGGCUGGACGAGGCUAACAUGGCCCAGAUCUCCAUGAACCUGACAGACUUUGACGUCACCCCUCUACACACAGCGUACGAGGAGGCCUGCAAGGAUGCUAAGGAGCUGAAUCUGCCCGUGGUUGGUUCCCAGGUUGUGGGGCUGGUUCCUCUCCAGGCCAUCAUGAUGGCUGCUGAGUUCUACAUGGAGAAGGACAACCUGUUCUUAGUGGAGGAGGACCAGAAAGUCAGGCUGGCCAUAGACAGGCUGGGGUUGAAUUCCCUAGGUCCGUUCACUCCUAAGGAAAGAAUCAUAGAGUACAUGAUCCGUAGUGAGGAUGAGCCAGGUCCUCUAGCCUCUACCAGCGUCUUCAACUUCAUCAAGAACGUCGGAGCGCGCUCACCAGCACCGGGGGGCGGGUCUGUGUCUGCAUGUGUGGCAGCUAUGGGUGCAGCGCUCGGUGCCAUGGUCGCCUUCAUGACGUACGGGAAGCGACAGUUUGAGCAGCUGGACGGGAAGAUGCGCCAGCUGAUCCCGCCUCUCUACACCACCAUGAACGAGCUCAUCCCCUUCAUCGACAAGGACACCACGGCCUUCAACGACUACAUGGCGGCCUGUAAACUUCCUAAGGGAACUCCUGAGGAACAAGCAGUUCGUGACCAGGCCAUGCAGGCGGGUCUACAGAAGGCUAUCCAGGUCCCGCUGGCCGUCAUGCAGACAGCAAACAGGGUGUGGGGCCAGCUACAGGAACUGGCUCAGAGUGGGAACUUCACUACCAUGUCUGAUCUACAGGUUGGAGCCCGUAGUCUGGAAACUGGCGUGUGGGGAGCCUACCACAAUGUGAUGAUCAACCUCAGAGACAUCAAGGAUGAACAGUACAAGCAGAAGAUCACAGCAGAAGCUGAAGCUGAAGUACAGAAAGCCCAGGAGGGAAAAGAAGCUGUGCUGAAAAUCAUCUCUGAGAGAAAGGAGUGAUAAAGUGCUUCCCGUUCUCAGCAAACUGUCCUCAUUAACCCAUGACUUUGACUUCAUGUUUUUGUUUCGUUUGCCGCUGAUGGAAACCAAUACCUUGCAUCAAAUGGCUUUUAAUUUGCUGACCGUUGUUUUUUAUUAGGUUUUCAACUCCUCUGUGAUACACAGUUGGUCUUUUGCAAAAAGCUGUUGAGACAAUGCUUCACAACACAAGAAACAAUAGCUACCACAGCUCUAACAUGGUAAUGAUCAUGGCAUAAAAUAGUGCUCUGAAUACUGAUUGCCCACUGAUAGAGAGGUGCUGUGUGCUGAUUGGUCAUCCAGUAUGCAAAUAAAACAUUGUGGACCAAUCA